UUCCUGUGCAUAAUAUCACACCCAAUUAUCCAUAGCAUAUCGUAUUAUUUUUCCAUCACCUCUCAAACAUGAAAGCUCUCCACAUCUUCAUUUUGUCUGCCUUGUUAAUGGCCUUGGCCAUCACCAAUCUCUCCGCCACACCAUCUGGCGAUGAACCGUUGUUUGUCGACAAUGAUGGUGACGGAGAUCGUAGCCAAGCCGAACCCACUUCUGUUGGGAUUAUGAGCCGGUUUCUUGCUCAAAAACCUCGGGGCAUGAUGACGUGUAACAAAUACCCGAGAGUGUGUCGUGCGGCGGGCAGCCCUGGGCCUGAUUGCUGCGAGAGAAAAUGUGUGAAUGUGAUGUGGGACAGGUUCAACUGCGGGAAGUGUGGUAAGAAGUGUAAGUACUCGGAGAUUUGCUGCAAAGGGAAGUGUGUGAAUCCAAUGUCCAACAGACUGCAUUGUGGGGAUUGCUACAAUAGAUGCACGAAAGGAAGUAAAUGUCUGUAUGGGAUGUGCAGCUAUGCGUAGAAACUCUGGCAGAUUUCCCUCUGUGAGAUAUUUGAUUAAAUGACUAGCAUGUUUAUGUCGUAUAUAGUCAUUGAAAUUACCAAUAAUAAAUAAGGGCGAGCCUUCACAACUUGGUGUUGGGUUUCGCUAGAUGUAGUUAUUUUUUAAUUUAAAUUUAAUUAUUGUUUCAAUGAUUUCAUGUUACUAUUUGAAAAGAUAUCCACAACAUUUGUUUGUUGACUAAUGUAUUCAUAAAUAUGAAAUAAAAGAUAUCCACAACAUUUGAUUGUU